UUACACCUGUUAGUGCUAGUUUGUUACACCUGUGUAUAUAUAGCUAGUAGUGCUCUUGUAUUCUAUUAGUGUGUUACAUUUAGAAAUAAAAAAUGAGUAUAUCUUUCUCUCUCUAGAAAAGUUGUUAUGGUAUCAGAGCACAUCUGACGAAAGUCGCUGUUCUCGAUCUCGCAUCUUCCGCUUUAAUUCAGUCUGGUUUCCUUCAGAUUUCAAGGUCUCAUCCAUGGCGUCAGGCUCGUCUUCUUCGUCCACAAGUACUGAAUCUUCAUCUUCUUCGUAUUUGCCUGCUUCUCUGUCGUUCUUAGUUGCUAAUUUUCAAUCCUUCAUUACGCUUAAGCUAGAGACAUCGAAUUACUUUGCCUGGAAAACUCAGGUCGAAAAUGCCUUGAGAGCUACCUGUUUGUCCGAGUAUAUUGAUGGAUCUGUUGUGAUACCUACUUCUCAUAUUGUUGAUACUUCUGGAAAUACGGUUCCAAACCCUGAGUUCAGUCGUUGGAAUACAGUUGAUCGUAUGCUGUUGUCCUGCCUUAUUGCUACCCUUACACCUCCAAUUUUACCUCAUGUGGUUGGAUCUGAUCAUACUUUUCAAUUAUGGCUUAAACUUGAAGAGAAGUUUAGUGUGCUCUCUCGAUCUCACAUUCAUGACCUAAAACGCAAGUUAUAUAGUCUCCACAAAACUGGUACUAUGGAGACCUAUCUUGAUUCAAUCAAAGAAAUCGUUCAGAAAUUAGCUGCUUCAGGGACACAGAUUGAGGAUGAAGAACUGAUUUUUCACACCGUGAAUGGUCUCAAGAAAGGUUACAAGUCUCUUAAACAAAUGGUUCGUAAUACUACUGAACCUCUGACCUUUAGUGGUGUAUCUUCCAUGCUUAUGGCUGAAGAGUUACAUAUCUCUCAAGAUCAGGUUGAUUCCUCUUCUACAAUUCUGGUUGCUCCACAUCAAAACCCUAACCCAACUCCUAUUCUACAAGCUCCUAUAACACCAAACCCUAGUUCUUCUUAUUCUGGACCUAUGCCUUUUCCAAACACAGCAGUUCAAACCCCUUCUGGUUCCACAUCCUUCCAAUUUCCCUUUCCUGUAGCGUCAUCUCAGGCUUUCUUACCCACCUUUCCUCAACCAACCUUCAAUGGUCAAAGGUUUAAUAGAAACAACAAUAGAUUCCGAGGAAAUCAGUUUUCUAAGCCUUUCUUUCCUAACUAUCAAGGCAGUUCUACUCCUCAGAUGUUUUCUCCUGGUAGCUGUCAAAUUUGUGGAAAAACUAAUCAUCAGGCCUCUACUUGCCAUCACAGACAGAAUCUGGGUUACAGACCUUUUGCAAGGCCAUUUGGACAGUUUGGGAAUCAUUUUGGAAAUCACUUUGGACAACAGACAAGUAUAUUUCCAUCUCAGAAUCCUCCGGGAUUUCAAUCUCAGAAUUCUCAGGCAUUCUAUGUAGGCUCUGGACCUAUAAACGGGUAUGGGGAACCAUCUACUGUUGGUCAAUCUGAGUUUGCUCUCCACAUGAGUUCUCCUUAUAAUGGUGGUUCAUAUCCCACAGCUCCAUGUGCACCACCAUACUUCUCUCAGUUUGGAGAUAAUUCUGCAUCAAGUUUUGGUUCUGCUCAGUUUGGGGGUACCUCAUCUCAGCCAUGGUAUUUUGAUUCCGGAGCCACCUCUCAUGUUACUCAUGAUGCUUCACGCAUCUCUCUUCCUUAUGAGGACACCAGUAGUGCCAGUGUAACUGUUGGCAAUGGGCAAACCAUACCAGUCACUCACUCAGGACAAAGCUACUCAUCAACUCCUUCACCAAGGCCCUUGUCACAAGGGGCUUUACCCCCUUCUUCCUUCUUCUAAAUCUGUCCAAGCUCUGAUCAGCAUGCCCUCCUCAGCUUCUCUCUGGCAUAGAAGGUUGGGACAUCCACAUGCUGGCUUACUUCAUAUUUUGUCUAAAAACUAUCAGAUUCCCAUUGGCUCUACUACAUCUUUGGAUUGUU